ACAGAACUGAAGCAGCAGAUGCAUAACUAGUUACUAAACACCUCAAGAUCAUCACUGUUUAAAACUUUGCAACCUUGUUACAGUUAUCAAGAAUGUGGCACAAUUUGAUACAAGGAAAGAAUAUCUCUGCAAUCUGUUUUACUGUAGUUUGUAUGUUUUUUAUUAACUGUUAUUGUGAUGAUGAUGAACCCAUUGUAAAUACUAAAUAUGGAAAAAUAAGAGGUAUAGAGAUAUCAGUAUUCUCUGGAAUAAUAACAGCAUUUCUUGGAAUUCCAUAUGGGGAACCACCAGUAGGAGCCUUGAGGUUUAAAAAAGCAGAACCAUAUAAACCAUGGCAAGGGGUCCGAAAUGCUUCAACAUAUGGAAACACUUGCUAUCAAUAUGUAGAUCAAACAUUCCCUGGAUUUUCUGGGGCUGAGAUGUGGAAUCCAAAUACCGAAUUAAGUGAAGAUUGUUUGUAUCUCAAUAUCUGGAUACCUACCCCAAAGCCAAAAAAUGCAAGUGUCAUGGUCUGGAUAUAUGGUGGUGGUUUUGAAACUGGGACAUCUUCUUUAGAUAUAUAUGAUGGAAAGUUUUUGGCCAGAACCGAAAGAGUUAUUGUAGUAUCAAUGAACUACAGAGUUGGGGUAUUGGGAUUUCUGGCUUUUCCUGAUAAUCCAGAAGCUCCAGGAAAUGCAGGCCUAUUUGAUCAGAAAUUAGGCCUGCAAUGGAUUUAUGAGAACAUAGCAGCAUUUGGUGGGAACCCAAAGAGCAUAACAAUUUUUGGAGAAAGUGCUGGUGGAGUCUCAGUUAGUUAUCAUUUGCUUUCUCCUAAAAGUCACCCUUUUUUUACAAGAGCUAUAAUGCAGAGUGGAACUGCUAAUGCACCUUGGGGGGUAGUUACUAAAAAAGAGGCCCAAACCCGAGCCCUAGGCUUGGCAAAUCUAUUGAGCUGUUCUUUCAGAAAUGAAACUGAAAUAAUUGCUUGCCUUCGUAAUAAGACUCCUCAGGAAAUAGUUGAAAAAUCAGUUUCAGCUAUAAGACACAGAUCAUCUUUAAUAGAAAUACAUUUUCCUCCAUCAGUUGAUGGAGAUUUUCUCAUGGAUAAACCUGAAGUGUUGAUACAACUUGGCCAAUUUAAAAAAAAUACGCAGAUAUUAACUGGUGUCAAUAAGGAUGAAGGCUCAUAUUUCUUAGUAUAUCAAUUGCCUGGAUUUAGCAAAGAUCAUGAAAGUUUUAUAAACAAAACUCAAUUUCAGGAAAGUGUAAAAUUGGCAUUUAAUAAAGCAACAGAACUUGCUUUAGACUCUAUUAUUUUCCAUUACACAAACUGGGAGGACGAACAGAAUCCUGUUCAUAAUCGUGAUUUAAUGAAUGAGAUCGCUGGAGAUUACAAUUUUAUAUGUCCGUUGCUGGAAUUCACAAAAAGAAAUACAGAACUUGGAAACAGUGCUUACUUAUACUUCUUCAACCACAGAUCAUCCAAACUUGCGUGGCCAAGUUGGAUGGGAGUUGUGCACGGAUAUGAGAUAGAAUUUGUCUUUGGAAUUCCAAUGCAUAGAAGACUUAAUUAUACAAGAGCAGAGGAAACCUUGAGCAGAUCUGUAAUGAAAUAUUGGGCAAACUUUGCUAAGACAGGAAAUCCAAAUGGGGCACAGUCUCAGGAAAACAGAUGGCCUGUCUUCACGCUCGAUGAACAGUCUUACCUUAUUUUAGACACAGAAGACUCAAAGACAGAUCGUAAAAUGCGUGCCAAGCAGUGCAGAUUCUGGAACAAAUUUUAUCCCAAAGUCCUACAAAUAACAGGAAAUAUUGAUGAAGUAGAACAACAGUGGAAGGCUGAAUUCCAUCGCUGGAACAAUUACAUGAUGGACUGGAAAAAUCAAUUUAAUGAUUACAGCAGUAAGAAGGAAAGCUGUGCUGGUCUCUAAUUAAUAGCUUUACCCUUUAAGGAAUUACCAUAUUAUGAUUAGUUGGUACAAACACUUUGGUAGCCAUUGAAAAUUUGCCCAUAAUGUGCAUUGAGCAAGAUACGACAACACAACAUUAAGUUCAGAGCAUGGUUUAAGAAGAAUUACUAUCUUAAAUGACAUUCACAUUUUAAUUUUCUAAUUGUGUGAUUUCAACAUAAAUUAGAAUAUGUUUGUAUAUACUGGAGGUUUUCUUUGAGUAUUUCAGACCUACAGAGAAUUUUGAUUUUUCUUCCCCUUUGAAAAUGAAAUCUUUUUAUGGGAGAAAUUAAUAUCUUAGAGCACUUACUUUAAUUUAGUACAGGGUUCAUAUUUCCCAUAUUAUUUGACAUUCUAACUAUAGAGAACAACAGCAUUUAACAUACAGGCAUACAUCAUGUGGAUUAUUUCUAAUAAGCCAUCAGCACACCAUCAGCAAUGCAAACUACGGGACUUGUAAACUUUAGUGCAGUAAUAGUGGCUA